GCUGCCUCACAGCCACCGGGAGCAGGCCGGUACUCGCGGCCGCCGGCAGGGGGCGGCACCUUCCGGCUCCAGCGCUUCCUUGUGACAGGAGGACUGUUGUUGGGAGGCUGCUGGGAAAAGAUGGCAGCUUCCCUUUGUGUGUGUGGAUUUACUGGACUCUGAGAGGCUUUAAACACAUUUCUGGUGACUACACGGAUCUCCGUCGCACAGUGCGGGUCCUCCAUCAAACACCGUGAGGCCGGAGAACAUGGAGAAGAGCGGGAGCAUCGACAGCCUGGGCUCGAAGCGCUCCUCUUCCCGACAGCCGAGUGUUGAUUCAUUGUCCAGUACUUCCACCUCUCGCUCUGACCGCUCUGCCCAGGCCAAACCGCCCUCAGCGAUGUCCUCUGACUCUGUGGCCACGUCUGCAGAGCUCUCCCCGGAGCUCAGGGUUAAGCCUAAAACUCUCGCCAAGCAGGUGCCGAGAGAUUCAGACAAAGAGGAACCACAGUUACUUCCCAAUGAAACAGCGCAAGACAUGGCCCAAGAUGUCACCUACUUCUGUCCUUUCAUCGGAGCGAUGAGGGGAACAGUGACUGUUACCAACUACAGACUUUUCUUCAAAUGCAUGGACAGGGAGCCAGCAUUUGUGCUGGACCUGCCUCUUGGGGUGGUCAGUCGUGUGGAAAAGAUCGGUAGUGCAUCGAGUCGCGGUGACGUGUCCUACGGGCUGGUUUGUAAGGAUAUGCGUAAUCUACGAUUUGCACACAAGCAAAUGGACGACACUCUCAGGAAGUCCAUUUUCGAGGUGCUGAUGAAAUUUGCGUUUCCUGUUUCCAACGGACUGCAAAUCUUCGCCUUCGAAUACGGGCAAGUCUUUCCUGAAAAUGGAUGGAAGGUGUACGACGCUGUCUCGGAGUACAAAAGACAGGGUAUACCCAACGAAAGCUGGAGGAUAACAAAAGUAAACGAUCACUACGAGGUUUGUGACACCUACCCGUCGACUUUGGCGGUGCCUGUCAACAUCCCAGACGAAGAGCUGAAGAGAGUGUCUGCCUUCCGAGCAAAGGGAAGGAUACCUGUGUUGUCAUGGAUCCAUCCAGAGAGCCAGGCGACGGUGACGCGCUGCAGUCAGCCCAUGGUUGGAGUGAACGGGAAGCGCAGCAAAGAGGAUGAGAAAUACCUGCAGGCGAUCAUGGAUGCUAAUGCUCAGUCACAUAAACUCUUCAUUUUUGAUGCCAGGCCGAGUGUCAACGCCGCUGCCAACAAGAUGAAAGGAGGUGGUUAUGAAAGUGAGGAUGCCUAUCAAAACGCAGAGCUGGUGUUCUUGGAUAUUCACAACAUCCACGUGAUGAGGGAGUCGCUUCGCAAGCUGAAGGACGUGGUCUACCCCAACAUUGAGGACUCCCACUGGCUCUCCAAUCUGGAGUCCACUCAUUGGCUCGAGCACAUCAAGUUGAUCCUGGCAGGAGCAUUGCGGAUCGCAGACAAGGUGGAGUCCGGGAAAACCUCUGUGGUGGUGCACUGUAGCGACGGUUGGGACAGAACGGGCCAGCUCACCUCCUUGUCCAUGCUCAUGCUGGACGGUUACUACCGAACCAUUCGCGGCUUUGAGGUGCUGCUCGAGAAGGAGUGGCUGAGCUUCGGUCACCGCUUCCAGCUGCGUAUCGGUCACGGCGAUAAGAACCACACAGACGCAGACCGCUCACCGGUUUUUAUUCAGUUCAUUGACUGCGUCUGGCAGUUGACUCGGCAGUUUCCUGCAGCGUUUGAGUUUAACGAAUACUUCCUGGUAACUAUCCUGGAUCACCUGUACAGCUGCCUCUUUGGGACAUUCCUGUGCAACAGCGAACAACAGAGGUUGAAGGAAGAAAUUCCAAAGAGGACAGUGUCCUUGUGGUCUUACAUAAACAGCCAGUUGGAGGAGUUUACCAAUCCUUUGUAUGUGAACUAUUCCAACCAUGUGCUGUUCCCUGUAGUCAGCUUACGUCACCUGGAGCUUUGGGUUGGCUACUACAUCCGCUGGAACCCUCGCAUGAGACCUCAGGAACCUGUUCACCAGCGCUACAAGGAGCUGCUGGCGAAGCGUGCUGAGCUGCAGAAGAGAGUGGACGAGUUGCAGCGAGAGGUGACCAACCGCUCGGCCUCGUCUUCCUCUGAACGGGCGGGCUCCCCGACGCGCUCCAUCACUCCAGUGCAGACCUUCGUUUGACACAGCUUGGACCCUCGCGGCAGGUUCGCAGAAGCUGAAUCCUGCCUGUGAGAAGGUGCCAUACAGCAGUAAUGAGUAGGCCACAAGUGGCGCCAUUAAGGACCUGUGCGGUGACACAGCUGCGUUCAUACACUACCACCAAAAGUCUGAUCUCUGAUCACGUAGAGUCUUCUUGCAACAGAAGAGUGUCUGUCUCAGACUGCUUUACUACAGCCAUAUUUUACUCCGCAGUUGAGAGGACGUGUAACAUGGGUACUGUUUAGCAAAUCGACCUACCUACAAUCAGUGUUGAUGAGUUUUCAAAGUACACUAAAAUAUUACGCGGGUAAAUUAUGUAUGCCUUAUACACUUCAUAGAAACACUCACUUCAUUCCUCCACACUGCAAACAUUUGUUAGAUUUGAAGGCAAUACCGCCGAAGCAAUCAUGAAGAUGUACAUUGCUGCAAAAAACAACUAAGUGAAAUAUGUUAGUUGCUUCAAAAAAAAACAUACAUACAAAAAUAGAGUGCAUUAAAAGAAGAGUCGUCUUCACAAUCACUACUUUUAGAUUGUUGUGACCAAAUAUCUGUUGUUUUUUUCACGAAUAGAACAAACAAACACGUAUGGCAUUCCUCUCAUCGAGUGAGUAAAGUUUUGUAAGUUUCAUUUUUUCUAACUAGUUAACAUUAUUUAUUAUGCUAUUAGUCCAGAUUUAUAUUUAUGGCUCCACAAACACCAUCAUGUUUUGUGUCAUAAAUUGAUAUUAAAGAUGUCCAACCAUGCAAUAUUAAUAAGCCACAUAGAAUAUGCAUUCGUAUGCGUUCAUUUGUUUAGGGUGUUUUUUUAAAGCUAGUUUCAGCCAAUACUCUUUUCUUUAAUGUGUAACGACUAAUAAUUAGCUUUUAUAGUUUAAUAACCAUGAAUGAAUAUCUGUGCCUUGCUGUGAAUGACUGAUCUAACUAGAGAAAAGUCUUUAAAUGCCAAGGUUAUACAGUUAAUACAGAGUUAAUUGAGCCUUUCAUCUGCAGUAAACUUAAAGUAGUCACCACAGUUUGUCGCAUCAGCGUGACAACACAACACGCUCCAGUCUAUUUCUUGGUUUUGUUGCAAUUAUUGUAGCAGAAGCGACAUUAGCAUUAAUUACCUCUAAUUAUGAAUAUGGUCUUCCGAUAAUAUGUGAGGAAAAAAAAGAGUGCCUUUUAUUAUAGCUGAAGAAAUAUAAAAGUCUGAAAUUUAGAGUGUGUGCCAGAGAGUAAUAUUUGAGUGUAAUGGCUCUGAAAACAUUAAUAUAGUCAAGCUGUUUAAUUCUCAUACAUAAAUAUUAGAUGAACAGCUUAAAUUGGCUGUUAAUUUAUGCCUAUUAAAAUUAAAUCGUAUUGUCCCUUAUUAUGAAUAGUUCACCCUUUAAAAACGUACAGAUAAUAAAGUAUGACAGUUCUUCCACAUGGUUUAAGUGAUACUGCAGUGCUGUACAUAUUUCAUUCCUUCAAAACUUCUUUUGUUUUUUCUGAAACUGAUGUACUGCAGGCAACAGCAAAGUCAAACUGUACUGUCAAAUGUCAAACUGUAUGAAAAUGUUUAAUUAAUAAAAGUUCUGAUACAAUGGAGGCAGA